AUGGAGCAGUGGGGUUCAUUAUUUAACACUCAUGUGAAGCUCCUCGCCUUCGAUCUUCAUUCCCUCACCCAAACCCCUUCUUCCUCUUUCUCUCGCAGAGGCAUUCCCCUCUCUCGCGCUGAAGCCGUCGGCACCGUCACCUCACGUGACCUCAAACCCGACAGAUUCCUCAGGUUCACCCUCGACGACGGCACCGGCUGUGUCAGCUGCAUCCUCUGGCUCAACCAGCUCUCCUUUCCUUGCUCCGCCCAGCUCCCUAUCUCCCCAGAUGUUGCCCUCAUCGCCGCCUCCGCUGCCGGCUUCGCUGAUCUUGUUCAGCUCGGUAAGGUGGCCAGAGUGCGGGGCCAGAUCACCAGGUUCAGAGGGGCGGUGCAGAUCACUGUGUCAGAUGUUGUGAUCGAGAGUGACCCCAAUGCCGAGAUCCUCCAUUGGCUGGAUUGCCUCAAUUUGGCGCGCAAGUGUUACGACGCUUUGCCUUCACCGUUCUAG